AUGGCGAGUGUAACACAACUGAUUUUUUUUUCCGUCUUGGUCUCAGUUACAGCAUCCAGUGAUGUGUAUAAGCUGGUCAACAGUUCUGUUCAACUGGACACACAAGAUAAAAACGUUCAGUUUGAUCAAUUCAAGUGGAUGUUUAAGAGUGACAAUAUUCUGAGAUACCUCGGUGAGAGUAAAUUCAUUAAGAAACUUGAUGCUUAUAAAGACCGGGUGGAGUUCAAUACUGAAACACUGAGUAUAACACUGAAGAACUUACAGAAGAAUGAUAGUGGACUGUAUGAAGCAAAAGCUGAAAGUAACAAGGAGAAAGUUGUGGCUCGUUACACACUGUAUGUUUUAGAUCCAGUAAAGGAACCGGAACUUACUUCUGUCUUUGACAGGCAAAGCAGUAUAUCCUGUAAUGUGAUCUGUAAAAGUCCCACACUGUCAAUCACAUCUAGCUGUUACAUGGAGACCUGUGAUGAGAAAGAAGGGACAUCACCUGAGGGUGUCUCCUAUACACUUUCUCUCUGUGGUGAUGCUAUCACUACUACAGGUGGAUCUGUUUGCCUGCUGAAGAUAAUGCUGUAUUCUGUGGGUCUGGUUCUCAUGGUGUCUGCAGUGAUCACCGUCCACAUUAGAGAGAGAUUCAUCAAACCAAAGAUAGAGCAACAUGGAGAAUAA